AUUGGCUUUGAAUUUCAUUACCUGUUGUAGAGAAUAUUUUUCUUAUUUUUAAUGCAACUUUAUUUGUGUUCUAAAACUUGUUGCUGUCAUAUUUAGUUUCACAUUCACAUUAUUGUUCUGAUUUUUUAUUUCAAUCAGCGUUGGUCUGUUAAUAAAUAACGUUGGGAUGGAUUCUGACGAUGAAAUUCCAUUGUUGGUUACGGCAACAACGUUGGAUCCAGUGCCCGUAACUAUUAUAACUGGUUACUUGGGAUGUGGUAAGACGACACUUUUAAAUUAUAUACUGACAGAACAACACAGUAAAAAAAUUGCUGUAAUUUUGAAUGAAUUUGGCGAAGGUUAGUACAACAAUUUGUUAUUUUUUAUUAGACCUUAAUGUAAGUGCAACAUUUAUACUAUUCAAACUGAACAUAUAAAAUUAGCUUUUAUUUUAAAUAUCAGUAUCAUAUAAAUAAACUGUUUCUUCGAUAAUUUUCUCAUUAUUACUUGUUUGCAGGUGACACAAUGGAAAAGUCUGUAGCUAUCGGUGAGAAAGGAAACCUCUGUGAAGAAUGGCUUGAAUUACAAAAUGGGUGUUUAUGUUGUUCGGUCAAAGACAACGGUGUUAAAGCAAUUGAAAACCUUAUGUCCAAACGAGGAAAAUUUGAUUAUAUAUUGUUGGAAACUACAGGAUUGGCUGACCCCGGUAAUAUAUAAACCAUAUCCAAUAAAUAUGUACAUUAUAAAAAUAAUUUUAUAAUUUUAGGGCCUAUUGCAAAAUUAUUUUGGAUUGAUACAGAGCUGGGAAGUGAUGUUCAUUUAGAUGGUGAAUAAUGACUAUAUUUAUUUACAUUUUAAUAAAUUCUAUUGUAAAUGCAAUAGAUUUUAGUAUUAAGAGAUAAUACACCUGCAUUUAUUAUCUUUGUCUUGAAAACAUUCAAUACAUGAAAUAACAAAAUUCAAAUAUGUUUAUGUCUUGCUUAAAAAUAAAAAUAUUGCAAAAACAUUAGCGCUAGGGAACAGAUAAUUUUCUUACUUCUAAGUUUGGUAACAGGUCAAUUCACUUUAAUAUUAAAAUUAACGGCACAAAUGUGUUGAAUUUUUUUAAGAUAUUAAAUGCGGGUGUAGCAUCCUUUUAAGUAAAAUAAUUAUUUUUAAAUACUAAGCUAUCCUAAAAUAUAAAAUUGAAUAUAAUAUAUUUGUUGUUAAGAUUUUACUUGUUAUUAACCAUAUUUGAUAACACAUAUAAAUAGUAUGGCUAAAAGAAAUUGGUUUGGUUCAACUGUUUUACAAUAUCUAUAUUGUGAAAUAAAAUAAUUAUAAAUAUUACCCAACUAUAUCAGUAUAUUUUUUAUAAUUGAUUUAAUCAUCACAUUAAUAACUUCAUCGGAAAAUAUGAUUAUUACAGCACUAGAAGCUUAAAUUUAAUAAAAUAUUCACAAAAAAAAAUCUAAAAUAUUAAACUUAAAUAAAUGAUUCAACAUUUUUUUUUAAAAAACAUUUAAUGUUGUAGAAUAAGCAAAAUAUAAUAUAUAUUUAAAAAUACUUAGCACGAUGGGCCACUGUUGUAGGUAAGAAGUUUGAAAGGUAGAGGAAAAAUUUAAUGUACAUCUGCAUGCAGAGAUUAAUCAUUGCUAUUGAAAAAUGAUUUUGAGUAGUUUGGUUAUACAUAUAUUGAAAGGCCGUAAUAUUAACGAUUUAAAAAUAAUAUAUUUUGUAAAUUUUUCCGGUUUUCCUAGAUUUUUCCAUUUAUAAUGAAAACUCCUGGGGGAAUUAAAACCUCCCUGUCAAUUUCCUUUAAGAAAAGAUGCUACAAUUGAAAAUUUGAGCAAAAUUUCUGGUAGAAAAGUUGUUCACAAAAAAAAAAAAUAAACAUUAUUAUAAAGUCAAUUCAUUCCUAACCUUGCUCAGAAAGUUUUAGAAAAUAUUACAUUUGUGUAUUAUGUCUGUGAAAGUUAAUAAAAUAUAUACUUUUUCCAGAAAAUUUACAAAAUAUGCAUUCUAAAUGUUUGAUUUUUAAUCUGUAUUGUAUACCACAAAAGCUUAGUUUGUUAUGAAUCGAGAGCAAUAGAGCUCAUAUGUAAAUAUAUAAAUAUGCAACUCCUACAACAACGGUACCCUAAUGACAACUUGUAUUUUUAUCAAUGAUAUUGAUUGUAAUUUAGAUUUUUUCUAUACUAUCUUGUCUAACUAGUAAUUUAAAAUUUGCAAGAAAAAAAACUGGAAAACCUCAAAAGUUUCAAACCUUAAUUUAUCAAUCAGUUUGGUUAAAGUAUUAAAGUAUUAUAAAUUUCAAAUAUAUAAUAUUAUAUGAUUGGAAAUUGUUUUAAAAACAUAUCUAGUAAAACAAAAUUUUAAAUUUUUUCAAAUUAUGUUUAAGAAAUAAAUUGAAAUUGAUUACAAUAACAGAAUCAAUAAAUCAAAAUUCUUGUUGACAUUUUAUUAAUGACUAAAAUAGAUUUAAAUUUCAUAUUUUUAAAUUAAAAACAAAACAUUUUUUUAUACCAUUAAAAGAUAAUAAUAUUGUGUUAUUUAUAUAUUUUCAGGAAUUGUUUGUGUCAUCGAUAGCAAAAAUGCAAAUAAAGUAAGGUAUUUCAGUGCUUGCUGUUUUAAUCAUUCACCUAAAAAAAAAAAGUUUUCAUAGAUUUAAUUUUUGUUUAAAAAUAUCUUAACUUGUCUAAUCAAAUAUAAAGUAUAAAUAAAACCUUUAUGAUAAAAAUGAUUGAAAAAAGCUUUAGUCAGACUAGGGUCAAUACAAUGUUAAAAAGGAUCGACAUAACAAUUUGUUAUCAAAAUUUGAAUUUCCAAUUUUCAUCAAAAAAAAUGUGUGGUUUAACAAAACAAUAUUUUCUUUUUGAUCAGUAUGAACUAUUUAUGAUGAAGCUUGUAUUAGAUUUUCGAAUAUUUAUUUGGAUAUACUAGAUUAGAGUAGAGUAUAGGUCACAUUAAUACAUUCUUUGUUGUGAUUAGAAUCUAAAACUCCAUCAUACUGAUAUAUUGUAAAUAAAUAGUUAUUAUUAUUAUUAUUACAUGUAUAAUUACUUAUAUUAUUAAUUAAUUCUUCGUUUCAUGUCCUGUGCUUGGUGAUAUUGUUAAUAAGUAUCGUGUACACUAUAGAUAUAAGUAUAGACUAUCAAAAAUUAAAAACAAAUAGAGAGAUAUACAAUGAAAAUGGAUAUCAGUUAAAUAUUAGAUAACAAACACAUGAUUAUAUAAUGGUCAAAUCUUGUGUGUGAGCAAGUAGGUUGCUACAAUGCUAUAUCUAUUGCUUGAUCAUUGACUAAAGCUAAAUCGUUUUUUUUCCAUUCCACUGGAGCCAUUCUGCACUGUAGUAGGUGGUUAUCAAUUUUGCUUUCAUCACAGUCAUAAAACACAUCUUCUUCACCAAACCCCAUCUGACCAUGUAGGCCCUGGUUUUGACUAUCUCUGCUCUCAGUUUGUUUAGUGUUUUUUUAUAAGGGCUAUGAUUAAUUUUUUAUAGGUGGUAAGUGUUCUGCUGGGGGAACUGACGUUUCAGCUUGCAGUAUUUCUUUCCAGAUUUGUAUUCAGAUUUGUUUUGAAUUAUUAUACGUAUCUGUUGUUGUUUUCAUAUAGUUUUUCCUUGACUUGGGUCUGGUUAGGGCUUCUGUAAAACCAUUCAUCGGAUGUUUAUAAUCAGUUGCUUGUUUCCUACUUCCUAUACACAUUGUUGCAUAUCUUCUUAUUUCUGGUGGUACUAUUAUAACUAGUGGGUUGACAUUUUUUAUUGUUGCUGGUAUUAGGCAUCCUGUUAUAAAUCUUUGUGUGUAGUUAAGUGCAAUAUUAACAUAAUUAAUGUGUUUGGAAUGGUUCUACACUGGGCAUAUCUACUCCCCAGAGGAGUAUUUUUCUAAAUCAUUGAGAUCUUUCUUGGGUUUUGAUAGUGCUACUAUUUUUGAUUUUCUCCAGACUUGGUCUAUCUAUGAUAGUAUUAGUUAGGAAACUUUAAUAUCCAUUUUUGGUUUUUAUACAUGACAUGUGGUUUUCCAUUCUUCAUCUCUUUUAAACGUUUAUUCAAUUCAUAUAGGGUGAAGUCAUGUUGGAAUUUGUUAUUCUUCUCACCACCUGUGUCCUUUAUACUGAGUUUUUCUCUUUUGAGAAUUGAUGAAUUAAUAGUUAAUUAAAAUUAAAUUAUAUACAUGUAAUUUACCCUUACCCUUACUUUUUAAAUGAAAAAAAAAAAAAUGUUUUAAGACAUAAAAUAAAAAAUGUAUCAAAGAUACAGAAUUUAUCUUUUAUUAUAUCAAACCCUGAUUAUAGGUAAUAAAAUGCAUGCAAUUUAUUAUUUGGUGGAUUUAUUUUUUGAAUUUUUAGUAUUAAAUUACUGGUAUAAACAUUUCUUGUGUUAAAAUGCAGUGUUUCGUUUCAAUUGUUCAGAUAUAAGGAUUUUGAUUCUGAGUGUAACAGAGAAUGUAUUGGUUUUACAAAGAUGUUUAUUUUUUAUUUUUAUUUUUAUGUGAUACUUUCUACUAGAAAGCUUAAUCCGAUGUUUACAAUGUAGAUUCUUUUCUGAAAGUAAAUUUUCUUGGGGAGUUACUUAAGAAAUGUAAUUUUUCAAUUUUCCCAGUUUUCCUAGCAAGUGUAUAAAACCGGAAAAAACGUAGAAAAAAUGAGAAAAUCAGUCCUAUCUUAAACAAAUAUUAUUAAAGAAAAUAUAUGCUUACUUAAUUAUGUUACCUUAAUUUGAUAUAUAUAUAUAUAUAUAUUGUUGACAAAGUAUCACUGAACUCCGCUAAAAAUCAUUAUUUCGUUAGCAAUAGUUUAUUGUUGCUUACAGAUAUACAUUAAAUUCCCUUCUGUAUCCUACUUUUUCAACUUCUCACCUACAAUAGUGACUGCAAUUAUCCCCAUUAUCCUAAGACAGCUUUUAAAAUUUAAAUUUCUAUAUUUUUGACUCUCAUCUGAAUUUUGGACUUUUGUAUUUUGAUUUGCUAAUUUCUGGAUUCUCUUGGUUACAUGGUAAAAAUAAGUAAUCAGCUAAACCAGUUGUUUGUUUGCAAUAAUUAUGAUAUAUCAUUAACCUUCUCAACUUAACAUCUACAACAGUAGUCUGUACAAUGCAAAGUAAGUCCCUUUCAGUAUCUAAAAAUCACAAUCAAAUGUUAGUACAUAUAGCUUUAGUACGAUAACUUAUAUUGGAUAGUAAAAUAUUAUAAAAAGAUCAUUAAACUCUGAUAAUGUCUGAAGCAAAUUCUAAUUCAAAAUGAUUCAAAAUCUUUGUAAUAAAAGAAUGACCCUGUGUUAUGAAUUUCUAUUUUAAUUUAAUGAUUAGUUUUAUUUAUUUAUUGAAAUUCCAAUCUAGUUUUAAUAUUUUCGAGGUUUUUUUACUUUUUCAUUAUUACUUUUACUUUUUUAUUAUUAUUAUAAUUUUAUUUUAUUUUUGUAUAAAUGCAAAUCCCAUUUAGAAUUCUCCAUUGUUUUUGAGCCUUGUCCGCAUAGUUUACAUAAUGAGAAUACAGAAGAAUUCCAAUUUAGUUUUCAUGGUCGAACUUAUCUGUGCCGCUUUGUCUAAGGUUUAAUUUUGUAUGUUCUGAUAAUACUUUAACAUGUAAAUUUUGUUUUACAGUAUCUCGGUGGCACUUUGUUGGAUGAAUCUAACUCGGAUACAAUAAACCCAUCAACAAGGUUAGUUUAUCUGUUAUUUUAUUUAAUAAUGAAUUUCUCUUGUGAUUAUAAGUUACUAUUAAUUAAUUGAUUAAAAGAAUCAUAAUUAAAAUAAUUUUAAAAAAACACUUCAUUUAAUACCUAUAGGAUAAACACAAUGCCAACUUUUAUUAUUGGUUUAAUUUUGUUUAAGUUGCCUAAAAAGAAAUGAGAUUGUUAAAACAAUAAACUUUAACUAAAUUAAUUUCAUGAGUAAAUAAAUCUUGUAUAUUUUUGUUGAUCUUUGGCGUCCAAAGGUUCAAUAAAAUUAACGAUCCAUUAAAUAGAUAAAGUAUGUACCUAGUUGAUAUUUAUAAUAAAUCGUAAGACUUGAGGCAAUUUUGAAUUUAUAUUUCAUUUUAAAGAAGUUAUCUAUUUUCUAUAAUUAUUUUUAAUUGUAGAUAUUAUGUAUUGUAUAUUUAUAAAUAUUAUGGUUUAUAUAUAAAGUUUUCCGAAUCGGUUCCCAUUUGGCCAAAUUGGUUCCCGUUCGAAUUUGUGAUGCAUCUACUACUGGUCGAAUUGGUUCCCACUGUUAAGAUAGUCAAAUAGACACAUUUCCCUUCCUAUUCUUAUUAGCUUAGAACUGUCGACUCAGAAUUACUUAGAUUUAUACUAGACAUAUUUCUGUAUUUUAUGUUCGGUAUAUAUAGCCAUAUAGAUAAGGAUAUUCAGAUGAAUUGAUGUUAUCUUAAUUGAUUGUGUUAUUUUGGAAAUAUGCCGAUAUUUUUAUUUUCUUGAUAACUAUAAAAUACCCAUACCAUAUAAAAUGAUAAAAGUUAAAUAAAAGUUUGAAAAUGUACUACAUUAUACCUACAUUUAUUGUGUUUACCGUAUAAAUGUAGGUAUUAAACGGAAACCAAUUUGGCUCACGGCUCACCUUCAUAAAGUAGGUGUACCUUUUUCAAACGGGAACCAAUUCGGAUACAUCCGUAUAAAUAUACCUUCCGGCAACAAAUCAUAAAGAACGAAUAUAUUAACAUCGAGAAACAUGCUGUAGUCUACCUGCUGCAGUGUAAUAAAAUAAUUCUUUACAUAGCUUUAUAAAAUUAUACUGCAAAAAGACCUUUACAUAAUGCGGUAUGACAAUAAUAUAAUAUUUUAAUAUAGGUAGGUAGGUAACAACAUACACUACGUAUAUUAUAUUGCUAUUUCACCAUAAAGAGAGUGCUUUUAGGUAAGCACAUUUCUAUUCGGUUUAUUAUUAUUUUUUUUGAUUUUUUUUAUCAGAUCCGUUCGCCUUUUUACGAGUUGAAUGUAAGUUUCCGCGUGGCGGAUCAAAGGCAACGAUUAUUGGGUUUUGUGUGCGCAACAUAACAUAAUAUAAAUUGGACCGUAGUUUAUAAUAUUAUAUUAUGUUGCAUGUAUUUUAUAAAUAUCCCUAUCUACCUAGAUAUAUAUACAUCAUGUGCAUUGUGACAAUAGCGAAUUCCGAGUCACCUUAACGAAAAAUAAUAUGUCGUCGACGAGUUUAACAUUUUCGCACUGACGACGUCAUGUUUUUGGGGUCGUUAUAUAUCCUUCGUUUUAAAAUUGUUCAUUGAUCGUAUUCGUAUGCAUGAACAUUUUGAAUAGGACGCGGGGUAUAAUAUAUAUACACAUAUAUGUAUACUACUUUACUCGUAUUAUUAUAUUAUUAUUAUCAUCAUCGUCAAUGGCAAUAUAAAAUACACCCCGUUGUUAUCGUUUUAAUAACGUGUUUCCGUUGAAAUGCGUUUUCCCGCUGUAAUGGAACGUAUACGCAAAUAUUUCGCACACACAUACACACACAUACACACGUAUACAUGCAUAUAUAUAAUAAUAAUAUAUUAUUAAAAGACGAACCUAUAAAAUAAGAACACUGCGCCGGAUACUUUUGAAAUGAAAACUUUAUACUGUUUUCAAACUUACUCAUUAUGUUAUAUACGUGUAGUUGGGUAUAACGUGACGAAAUUUCCAUUCCAGUUUUACAUAAUAAUAUAAUAAUAACGUACGAUACGUACGUAGGUAACGCACAAUAAUGCAUUGAUAUACUAUAUAGAUAUGGCGCAGACAGGGGGAUCGGAACGCGUAUCCUCUGUUCAAAUCUAAAUCCCUAUAUAUUUAAGAUUACGUUUUCGGUAGUAUUUACGUUAUUAUAUAUUUGUAAAUAUUUAUUGCGUCCCCACUUUGGAAAACUCCCGUUAACCCUUACCGCCGAGAUAUAAAACCCGUUAUAUAUGUAUGAUGGGAAAAAGGAAAUCUAUAACAGUACAUAUACCUAUACUGCACGUAUUAUAAUAUUAUUGCGGUUCAAUAUUUUCACCGGAUAACUCCUCCUUUUCCGAAACCUCAAGUUUUGACGAUAUAAUUUAACGAAUAAAAUAUUCUUUAUAAUAUUAUAUUUAUGCUUAAAUCACAGAUAACAUCUCCGAUGUAAUAAUAAUAUUCAAUAGGAAAUUUAGGAGUUGUCUUGUUUUAAAAUGUCGAUGUAAUACAAUCGUAUAAAUCCAAUAAAAUACAAAAACAAUCGGAAAAUAUACCUGAACAAAUUUUAGUUAGGUUAAAGUCAAAUUUUAACGAUCAAAUAAAUGCUUCUGAACUAAAAUUUCAAAUCUAUGUUCCAAAAUCGAAGGUUUGCAAUUCUGAUUUUUUGAAUAUUUUACCAAUUAUUAUUAAUGAAUUAGAAAGAUACAGUUUACUCAAUUUGUACGCAAUAUACAUACAUACUCACUGGGAGGUAAAAUAAAUACAAUCAUUGUGUUUAUUUAAUCAGCUGUAGAUACCUUAAGACAUAGACAAAUUGGAGGCAGCAGAGAUGUACGAAUGUGAAGGAAAAUUACAGAUAAGAAAACAAAUGAGCGAGUAUUAGAAAAAGUGGGAGAAAAAACCUGGCUCAUUUAGACGAUUGAAUCAAGGACAGGAAAGCUAAUUGAACACAUCAUCCGGUGUAACGAUUUUAUAACCAAAGUCUUUGAUGGAAGGGUUACUGGGUAGAAAUCAAGAGGACGCCCAAGAAAACAAUAUGUUGAACAUAUCCAAGAACUCAUGAACUGUGUGUUUUUUGUUUCAUUGAAUAGAGUGGUAUUAAGCUGAUAAGAGUGGCUUCAACAAGUCUUAGCCUUUAAUAAAUUGAUGAUGAUAAUAAAUACCUACUUAACUUGAGAAUAUAUUAUUAUAGGUACAUAAAUAAAUUAUUUUUGGAAUCUGUGUAAACAAAUAAAUAAAAAUACCCACGAGAAUUGUGAUAAUAUUUUAUUGAGACAAAUCAAAAAUUUAUGCAUUUAGUACAAGUCAAUAUUAUUUAUCUGAAGGAUUGUUAAAGUUUUUAGGUUUUUUUUUUUGUUGUAUACUAUUUUAAUUGUAUGCGUUUUGUAAUUGCUGAAAAACAGAUAAACUCAUUAUUCUGAUGGUAAUCAUAAAUAGAUUACGAAUACUGGUUAUAUGCUCGGUUGAGUUUAUUAUAAUAUGCAAAAACGACGGGGCAAUAAUAUUAUGUCCAAAUCGAAUCAACGUCAUAGAAACGGAGAUCCGUCUCUCGGUAUAUAAUAUAAUCAAAUCUGCAAACAAUCAACCCUCGGUCCCUCUUCCGAUUUUAUAUUUAGUGGAAUAUAUCUAAACAACUUAUGUUGAUGUAUUUAUAUUUAUUAUGCGUAUGAUAUAACGAGAUAAUAAGUAAUUUAAUUUCAGACAAGUCGCGUUGGCCGAUAUUAUUCUCGUCAACAAAAUCGACUUGGUCGAUAGACAAACGUUGGACAUGCUAAAAACUAAAAUCAGGUAAUUAUAUUUAUGUAUAUUUUAUACUAUUAAAAAUUAGAUUCCGAGUCACUUUUUUAGUAAGUAAAAAUGAUCUAAAUUAUCCACAUCGUAACUUAAAAUAUGCGGAUUUUUCUGAUGGCAAUAGUAUUUUAAAAAUAAUUUUUCGAUUCUAAACAAUUUAAACAAAAUUAAUUGAAAACCCAAAAACAAAUGGCGAUACAUUGGUAUUUGUUUAUUUUGUUAUUUCUGCAGAUAUUUUGGCAGCAAAAGGGAAAACACGAACAAAACCAUAAUUUGACCAAUUUACCGAAUUUCACUCAUAAUCGUUUUUUAUUGUCAUGAUUUAUCGUUGAUUUCAUUAUAUUAUAAACGAAAUAACCCUACAUCCUAUAUUCUUUACGUCCCACUUACAACAGUGGCUUUUGUUACCCAUGGACCAGAGUAUGUCGGCGGUUUUUUUUUAUAAUUAUUAUUAACUUUAAAUUUUCAUUCAUUGUUUAAAAUAUUAUUUAUAAAACACUCAACUUUGCGAAUUUAAUAUGAUUAUAUUUAUUUAUUUUCAGAUCUAUUAAUGGAAGUGCUGAAAUCAUCGAGACAACAAAUAGCAAGUAAUAUGUAUUAAUUUAUUACUACAGUUAUUGACUUAUAAUACAGAGGUUCCCAACAUUUUUUCCCCCGUAGACUACUUGCAUUUUUGUCUGUUUUCAUAGACCCUCCACCUCCUAAUAUUAUUUGUUGCCCUUGUUCACAUCUCAUGGAGUCCCAUUUUUUUUAUAUAUAUAUAACGCGGACCCCUUACAGAUUAGAAUAGAUCUUGAGGGGUCUAUAUAGAUCACUUUAGGAACCUCUGGUAUAAUAUAUCCAUUGACUAUUAAUUUAUAAAAGGUAAAAUAAUAUUGUAUCAUUAUAUUUUCAGAGUCGACUUGAAUAAAAUUCUCGAUUUGAAAUCAUAUACCCCUUCUAAUAAUGUAAGGUAAUGUACAUGUUUCAAUUUUUAUACUUAACGAACUAACAAAUCAUAAAAACUCGAGUCAUUAUUAUUGGUCAUAAACUCAUAAUAAUAUAAUUUUAUAUAAUAUAUAAUUUAUAGAUUUAUUCAACUUUUGCAUAGUUAAUAAAAGGCACAAAGUGAUAAUUAUAAUCAUAUAGUUAGUGUAAUACAAGUUGGAAUUUCAAAAAAAAAUAAAAUUACCCAUAUCUAUACACUUACUAUAUGAUACUGGCAGGCACGUAUACAGGGGAGUUAGAGGUUUUAACCCCUCUCGGAAAUUCGAAAAAUGUACUUCUAAAACGUCAUAUAUCUACUAGUUAUAUAGUUUAAAAUAUUUGAUUUGUUUAAAUUUAUGAAGUAUCUCCCGAAUUUUUUUCCUGUAUACUACGAUAGUAACAUGGCAUAUGCGAUCUGAUGACGAGCUUAAAAUCAUUUGAAUUAUACCGAGUUUAUUUGAUAUAUAUAUAUAGGUGCCUAAGUUAUAAGUUUACUGUAUAAGCCUUUUCGUUCAUAAUACUAUGUCCUGUGGUUUAGAAAGGACUCAUUUUUUCUGGUAUAAAUAAUGUUGGUGAAUGCGCUUUUAUGAAUAACCAUAAAACCACUUGUCAGAUUACUAAUAACCACGUAAUAAAGCACAUAUAAUUUUUCACCCUCGCUGCAUUAGGUAACACACUCUUUACACACUUCACUGCCAUCUGUCGAACUCUACAUUUAUCGUUAUUAUUAUUUUUAUUAUUGUUUUUAUACUUGGUUUUGGGCAUAUAAUAUAAAAUAUUAUACUUUAUACACUUUGGUAAAUUUUAAAUUGCGAAAAACAAGCUUAACCCUUAAUGCAAUUUAUAAUAUGCAUUUCAAAAUUUAUUUAUUUAUUUAGUUUAUAAUUAAUUCAUAUAGAUUUAAAAUAUUAUAUUUUUCGUAAUCGUCAGUAUCUAUUAUUUAUCUGAAUGAAAAUGUUAUCAUUAACAAUUUUUAAAUUAGAUAUUAUCUGUUUUUAUGGUACAUAAUUUUGAUUUUGGAUGUGUAUAAUGCGUUAUUAUAUCAUAUUUAAUGAUUUUUGUUUAAACUAAAAAUAUUAAUAAAAAAAAAAAUGUAUGUAUGUAUAAUAAACCAUUGUUAACGAAAAACGAUGCUUAGUGAAGUUUGGUUAUAGGUACGUAUUUUUUAAUGCAGUAAUUUUUAUGAUUUUUGUCAAAAUUUGGUCUUGAAAUGCGUUUUAAAAAAAAUUACUACAUUACUUUCAACAUUUUCAAGCAUUUCUGUUCGGCAAAACAAUUUUAUACACAUUAAACAAAAACACGAAAAUGUGAAAUUCCUAUGAAUAGCUUAUAUAAUGCUAGAAUGUUUUACCAAGUCUAGAAAAAUUUAAUAUAACUAUUCUGUGAAAAUUGCAUGUCAUCUCUACGAUUAUUUUUGUACAAUUUUUUUUUUUUGUUUACGAAGUGCUUAUCCACUUAAAUUACAAUGAAUAAUAUUAUAGUAUUAUUUUCCUUUUCUCGUAUGCAUAUAAUAAUAAUAUGAACUUGGUUUAAUAUGUAUCAGGUACCUAUAUAAUACAUUAAAAUCUUAACUAAAAACCGUUUUAUUUCCAUAUUCUAAAAUGUAUAACUUUUAAGUGCCUACAUUAUAAUAAUUUAAUAUCAUGAUAAUUAUUUGACGAGUAGCCCAUAUAAUUCUUCUAAAUUAUAUUCGUAGUUUUGUCAUUGUUUUAAAAUUCAAACCAUGAAAACGACGUGUUUGAAAUACAGUUUAUAUGCGGAAUAAAGUUUUAGUUUUUUUUUUUUUUACCUAUUAUAAUAUCGCAAUAAUGUUACAAAAUAUCAAAUUUCGGUUGAACAAGAUACUACAAUUAAACAUCGAACUUAUAUUUCUGGUAGACAACUUUUUGAGAGCCCUAAUCGUGGUUUUUUUUAUAAAUUCAGUUUAAAAAGGACGGAUAUAGUUCACACGAAGGGUGAGCUAUUGUUGUAGGUAAGAAAUUGGUAAGGUAGAAUAUAGAUGGAAAUUUAACUUUUAUGUGUACGCAACGAUAAACCAUUACUAACGAAAAACUAUUCUGAGCAGAGUUCGGUUGAUAGUGAUGCUUUUUCAACAAUGCUCGUUUUUACGACAACAACGAUUGUCUAAAAAAGAUUAAAAUAUUGAAAUAACAAAAACUUGUUAACAAAAAAAAAAAAAAGGUUGCCAAUAAUAACUUUAUUUUUAAUCUUUUUAACCAAAAAAAACCAGUUUUUCUUAUUAUUUCGGAUUCUAAAAAAUGAUCCUUAUGUAUGCUGGUGGCAGGGAUACCGUGUUACCGAUUUUCAGAGCUCGGAGGAGGACAAAUUUCGGGGCCUAAAAUUGCGCAUAUCGUGCUCCGUUCAAUAAUUUCAAUUGAAAAAAUAUUUGUUUCAUCUUUUUCUUUUGCUCGUUGACUCGGCGAGUUUUAUUGGCUGCAUCCUAGGUCCGUCCCAAUAACCUUUUUUUAUACUAAUUCCGGCUCGUGUGAAAAAACGGUAUGUACCAAUUUCGUCUUGAUUAAAAAUGUUCUUAUCAAUGUUAAAUGUAAAAAAUUCAUACGUAGUUUAUACUUUUAUAAAUACAAAUGUUUUGUCUGAUUAAAUUUAUGUGACAUAAAAAAAUAAUAAUUUGUAUAUACAUUUUUUUUUUAAUCAAUGUUAAAAUACAGAAAAAAUUAAAAUAUUAUUUCAGCAUUAAUAUAUACAAAUUCAAUUAUUUAGUGCGAUAACUGAUAGCAAUAUUGUCUUUAAUUCUAAAUAAUAUGAAAUUGUUACAGUAGUCGUAACUUGUUGCGACUAUAUUAACACAGUGUAGAAAAUACAAAACGGGACAGAACUCGUAUGACUAAAUAAAUAACGCGAGAUGGAACUAGUAUAUCCUUAAAUUCAAAUUUUAUAUUCGGAACGGAACUCGGAUGCACCGGUUUUAUUGUAUCUAUACGAAUAGUAGUGAAAUCGCCGGGCCCCUGGCCCUGAUUGACAGCGACCCGGAGACGUUUUUUUCCGAAAAUAUUUCGAUCUAUCGCCGCCGCCGCCGAACACGGGCUGUCGUUUAUUGUGUAGUUAUUAUAAUCCGGACCCGAGACGUACGGCUACUUCAGUCGAGAAAUCGUUAAAAGAAUAUUUAACCCCGUGUGUAUACAAAAAAAACCAAUAUAAUAACCGCGUGUAAAUCGGCGAGGCGAAAAGAGUGCCGCCGCCGGGUACCUAACGGGAUCGACUGCGAUUACGGCGGCGUACGCGGACGGGCUCAAGAGAGCGGAAAAGUGAACACGGCAGCGGCGGCCGGCUCCGAUUCGGUUAUUACGGCGGCGCGCGCGCGGCGUAGCGUUUCUGCCGCCGCCACCGCCCCGCGGUCCCCCCGGCGCAGUUUCUCGCCGCAGCGCACACACCCGCAUAUGGGCGGACGGGGGUAGUGGGCGGGCGUAAAUUCACCCGCCCGCCGACCGAGAGUUUCGCGUUAUUAAACCACCUACAAAUAAUUAACCCCUUUACGCGCGCCGCCGCACGUGCGCACACAUCUGUCUACCGCCGCCCCGCGCCAACCGGCCCCCGUGCCCACCCCUCCUCUCUCCCUCCCCGGUGCGCGAGUUCGUAUACAAUACCGUCAUCGCCUUAAAUCCUAUACACCCGGGUAUUUAUAAUACUAUAAUAUGAUAUUUUACACGACCGCAAUCGUGUUUAUCCGUUAUCAUACGGCCCCGCGCCCAAACGUUUAAUGUCAACAAUUACGGCGUACGUAUGUGUAUAUUAGGUACGGUCAUUACAGGCGGUGUCGCGAAUGCGUAUGCAUACGUACAUGUAUAUCGAAGAUACAAUAUUGUAUCUUGUACCGUGAUACGUAAUUUGUUAUGUAUCGAGCGUCACGAUGCGUAUUUUAUACCGGAUCACUUAUGUUAUUAUCCGAGUAAUAUUAUAUUAGAAAUACCACGGUGUGUAUUGGUCGCCGUGUUAACAAUAUUACAAAAACACAGAUACAACAGUUAUCGCGAUAUACAAGUAUAUUGUGAUAAGGCUUCAUAGUCUCAUGCCUCGGGCUGGUAAAAAAGUGCAUGAAAUGCUACAUCAUUUUUACUUCAACUAUUAUUGAAGCAUAUUCAAAUAUUUAUUUAUUUUACGAAAAUGUUCAGCUAGGCUCUAUGAUAGUUUUUACUGAAUUUCAAUAGGUAAAAAAUAAAACGACUUUAAUAAUAAUCGUUUUUUCGUAAACACUCGUUUUUUUUGAAAUUUUAUCUUCCGGUUAUUUCUCAUUUUUGAGAUAAAUAUAAGGAAAAAAUACUAAAUUAAAGAUAAAUGUCACCUCAACGUCCAAACAAGACAAAUUUUAAUAUCUUAUACUACCCGUGAAAUUGACGAUAGGAGUAGGUCGAAAACCUGAAAACUUGAAAAACAAGCAUAUAUUAUAGUAAAUGUAUAUAUAUAUUAACACAUAUCCAUAACGCUUCGCUGGGAAUCUAAAAUUUUAAUUUUCGUGUAUGACGAGGCAAUAUGGUACUCGGUCGUUAGAUUCAUAUAGUAUUAAUCAAGCUCUCGUCAAUUAUGUCACUUUUUUUUUCCUACAUAAUCUGCAGAGUUACAGACCGACAUAUUUCACACAAUGGGUUGGUCACUGUUGUAGGCGAGAAGUUGAGAAGGUAAAGGAUAAACUUAAUGUAUAUCUGUUAAUAACGAUUUACCAUUGCUUACGAAAAAAACGAUUCUGAACGGAGUUCAGUUGAUACUGAUACUUUGUCAACAAUAUAUAUAUGUUAUAUUAUUGUAAAAUAAUUAAAUAGGCAUUAUAUAUUAUCUUUUAAAAUAUUCGUUUAAUGUACCGAUUUUCUCGUUUUCCAUGUGUUUUUUCCGAUUUUCCCAUGAUUUUCUUGGUUUUUCACGUUUGCUGGGAAAACUAUUGAAAACAUCGAAAAACGACUUCUACGAUUAGGGAGGUUACCCAGCGGCAACACCCAAUACAACCGUAAUAACUAAACACGACUACCAUGGUAUAUAUCGAUUAAUUUACGCGUUAUGUUGUUAUUAUUGUGACAAGAUUUAGUACAACGUCUGUAACGUUUAUUUUGAUUUUUAACGCGGCAAACAUAACAGUUGGCAAUAACGAAAAUGGAUAAAAAUCGUAAAUAGCCGCGCGUUAUAGCGAAUGACAUUUUAAGACUCUUUCUGGUCUUUUGCGGCCGUCGCACGCAAUCAAAACGCCGAGAGAAUGAGCCAUGGAAUUAUAGCAAUAUACGUAUAUAAAAUUAUAAUGAUUUAUACGCGCCGGUUUACGAAACGGUAUAUGAUGUGACGUGUACAGACGAUGACCCUUCCUUCUGUCCGUGGGGUAUAAUAAUAUAUUAUUGUAUCGCGCGAAAUUAUUAAACUGCAAAUAUCAUAUUAUUAUUAUUAUUAUCGUAUACGAGAAAGCGGCCCGCGCCGAAAACGUGCCAUAAGUGCCGUAAAUCCGCUUAUCCCUUUUCAUUAGAGAACAUUUACGGUGCACGCAUUAUAGAUCGGAAAUCCAACAACGUUACGACUUCCGAAACGCGCGCGUAUUAUUAGGGAAAAUAAAUUAUAUUAUUGAAUAUUAUUGUUUUUUUUCUUUUUUUUUUUUUUUUCGGGUAUCUCCGCCCGGCCCGGCAACACGGUAUAAAGACGGCCCGAAAUAUUACGACGAUGCGGCCGCAAUAAUCGUUUAGGUACUGUAUAAUAAAAACGCCGCCCCCAUUAGCGCGAGGCUUAUCGCUGAUCCCUCUAAUAAUAGUCGCGGUGGUCCGGUAUUACGGUCGAAGGGGGUCUUGACUUUUCGACGGGGUUUUUGUGCCCGUGCAAACGUUGCGUACCGCCUCCCCGGUACACCCCCUCGUCCGUCGCGUUACGCUGUAUUGUUGUUAUCCGACAACAUUACCGACAAUAUUGUAUAAUUCGCCGAUUGAUUUAUUCGUUUUUUAUGGUAAACCGCGUAUUUCGACCGUCGUAAUAAUGCACAAUAUCGCGCGUGCGGUAUACCGCGCGGUUAGAUAUUGUAAUUUCAUUUUAUCGGAAAUCGCGCGCAACGCUCCUUCGCCAACAAAUGAAUUGUUCGCGCAAUAAUGUUAUUACGGUUUGUUGCAGGAUAGACGAAAUGAUCAGAAACGCGGAGAGUUCCGACGGGAAAUCGCAUAUACAUCAGGUAAUCGUAAUUAUUAUAUGCAUUUACGGCUAGGCGCUAAAAUACGAUUCGUACUAUAGUUUUAGAUUCUGAACGGAGUGACGAAUUAUUAUAAUAGUUUUUGUACCUGACGCAAUAUUUUGUAUACAAUAUUUACCGGUCUUAUUAAACGUUACUUUCUAAAUAUUUAAAUAUAAAUGCCAAUUUAUAACGUUAACAAUUUUCAUAACACACCAUUAACGAAUAAUUUUUUUCCAAUAUAUUUGAACGGUGUUUUAAACGAUUUACACGUUCAGCAAAUUACAAAUAAACCUUUAAAAUUAUCGUAUUAUUUAAUUAUAGGCAUGAAUAAAUGAGCUUAUUAAAUAUUGUCUUGACUUUAGUUAAGAAGAUUAUUUCUUAAGUAUUCAAAAUACCAAAAAAAGUAUUUUAUUACUUGAUAUUUACGUCGUAUCAUUUUCAGAACAUUAGCACUGUUACGCUGGAAAUUCCGGAUGGCAUUUUAAGAAAAUCUCUGGACACUUUUGUGUGCAAAAUUUUAUGGGAAAACUUGUUAAAAGAUAGCAAAGGAAAUCUUUCGGAAAUAGUCAGAAUGAAGGUAAGCGUUAAUCAAUAAUAUCUAUAUCUACUAUACUUAUAAUAUAAUAAAAAGAUGACGUCAAGAGUCAGUAACUUGGAGCUUAUUAGGUAUUACUUUUACCUCUAAAUGUGAUUCGUAUCCAAUAUUCAAAUUAGAUAUUUAAUAUGAAAACAUUUUUUUUUUUUUUGUUACUCUAGUGAGUCUAAAAGAAAAAGAUCCAGAGUAUUAAAAUAAAGUUCAGACAAAAUACUAUCCCUGAAUUACGGAGCGAGAUUUCUAGUAAAAAAACAAAAUCGAAAAUUAUGAAACUUUUAUUGCCGUAAAUUUGAACGUUAUUCAUAUACGUGUUUUUCAAUUUUACCCAAUUAUUGUAAAAACUGCUUGGAGAAUCAAAAAAAUACCUACACCAACUAGAUUCAAAAUGUUACAAAAAAGCUUUCUUUUCAUUUUUUGAUCGGAUUAAGAUUUCUAGUAGAAAAGUUGUUUACAGACGGAGAAAAAAAAUUAAAAAACCAUCAUAGUAAAAUCAAUACAUUCCUUGCUCCGCUAAGAAUCUUUGAAAACCGUUAGUAUUAUUUUUUAAUUUAGACGGCAUUAAAUGUUUAAGUAUGUUUCAAAAGCUGACCUGCUAUCAGACGUUCGUUUUGAUAUAGUAGGUUAAUACGAAAUUAAGUCUUUCAUAUGUUACCUAGGAAAUAAAACAUUGUAUUCGUAUAGGCUGAAUCCGAGUUCCGUCACAAAAAAAAAAAGGUAUGUACCAAUUCCGUCCAGAUUAAAAAUGUUCUUAUCAAUGUUAAAAUACAUAAAUGUUAAAUACGACAAAUUCAAACGUAGUUUAUAAUUUUAUAAAUAAAAAUUUGCUAUCGGAUUAAAUUUAUAUGAUAUAAAAAAAAAAAAAAUGGUAGAUAAACAUUUUUCUUAUCAAUGUUAAAAUACAGAGAAAAUUCAAAUAAUAUUAAAGUGUUAAUCUAUACAAAUUAGAUUAUUUAGUGCGAUAACUGAAAGCAAUAAUGUCUUUAAUUCUAAAUUAUAUGAAAUCGAUACCGUAGUCAUAAAUUGUUUACUAUAUUAAAAUAGUGUAGAAAAUGCAAAAUGGAACUGAACUGGUGUGACUCUAAUAAAUUAUACAGGACGGAAUGAGUAUAUCUAUUUUAAAACCCCGGGACGGAACUAGUAAAUCUUUAAAUUCAAAUUUCACAACUGGGACGAAACUCGGAUACAGCCUUCGUAUAUUCUGAAGUAAGUACUUUAAAAUAUUUUUUUCCAGUUAUAUUUUCUAAUCCGUAAUCAUUAAGUAAUUACACAAUAUUUGUAAUACUCGAGGAUUCGGGAUAAUUUUUAAACUUAUAUAAAAGUGAAUUUGAAUAUUUUUUUAUGGAUCAGUUUUUAUUUGUUCGAAAAUGUUAUAAUACACCCCGGCGCAUUAAGGUCCCAUGUUCAAAAAUCUACUCAAGCUGGGUCCCGGGUUAAUAGUGCCAUAUUAACCUAAUAACUAAUAAGUUUUAAAAUAUAAAAUAUAAUAUUCUGUUAAAUGAUAAAAUAACCCAGACCCGGUAUAGCAAAACCUAUUAUAUUUGUUCAAUCUGUGGACUAUAUUUUUGAAAAUUAUAUUGAUUGAGAAUCAAAAUUCUCACUGGAUAUUUGUUGGGAGUUUAAAAUGCAAAAAAAUACGAACGACUGACGCAUGUGAAUCAUUCCAUUUCCAUUUUAAUUUAAUAUUUUAUAUAGCACAUCCUAAUAUAUACCAAUUUAUUGAAAUUCCAAAAAGUACUCAAGUAAACACUUCCUUCAAAAUGAGAAUAGACGGAAAAAAACGACGGGAACGUAUUUUACAAAAAGAACAAUUUAUAAAAGAAAAAAAUGACAAAAAAAACAUUGGCAAAUCAUUUUGACCUUGUUAAAACGCUCUCCUAUAUAUUUUUUCGUAAGUACCUAAAUGUAGGUACUUAGUAUUGAAUGAAAUUAAAUACUACUUUAAAAUUGUGUUUUUAUAUUAUAUUAAAUUAGUUUAGUAUUCAUUGAACGAACGGAUGCUACAUUCAAUAUUAAUUCAUCUGACAAAACAAAACAUUUUCCAUCAUAUCUGUGUUUUAUUUUAAACUACAAAUCACCGACAAUCCUUAAUCUGUAAAAAUGAGAAGGAAAAUUGUUUGUGUUGCCUAUAAACAUUCGGACCUCCAACUAGUAUAUAACCUGCUGAAAGCCAAGACCCAACUAGCAUAAUACCCAAAAUCCAUUGGGACCCAACUAGUGUAUUACCUAUCAAAACCACUUGGAUCCGGGACCGAAUUCGGAUGCAGUCAUUUAUCCAGCCCUUUACAUUUUUGAUAGUGUGAUCUCGAUCGACCUUAAUCGAUACGAGAGUUAAAACGUGUUAACGUAAAUGCUGAAUGGAGCUAAAAAAAAAAAAUAAUAAUAAUAAUAAAAAUAAAAGCGGGAUGCAAUAUAUAGCGAUUAUUUAUGAAAUGCGGGCUUUGCACCGUUCAAAAUUUGUCGGUUAAGUCCUACACGUCAGCUGUUUCUUAUAGUAUAAUGUUGUGUUAUAAAAUAUAUCACGAGCGUAUUACCUGUUAUAAUAUUAUUUACCAUACAUCCUUAUUGGGCGCCGUGUAUUUGUGUAUAUAGAAACUGAUAAAACGCUUCAUAACUGGCAUUUCUCGUACCUAUAUAAUAUGGGUACACAAAAGAUUUCAAAGCAACAAUAAUUAUUAUUGAAACGUGUUACGUAUUUUUUUUUUUUUUUUUUUUUUUUUACUCUUCAGCCAUUAUCCCCUUUCUCCGCGGACACAAACGUUUACGCACACAUUUAUAUUAUUAUAUUAUAUUAUAUAUGUAUGCCCGCCGAUUUGUUCGUAUUUAAUUGUUGUAGACAGCACGACUAUUGUUGUGCGUGCGCCUGUAUAAUAUUAUUUUUUUUUCGCUCGUUGAUAUAAAUCCCUAUUUAAUUCUAUACGCUGAGCUAAUCCUCGAUCCAGAUGUAAUCAAUUGGCCGUGGAUCAGGUAUAAUAUAAUAUAGUCCCGUGUGUACCUUUAUACACACACAGUACACACACAAUCACUCCGGUCUCUCGUACUCUUGUAUUAUGACUUUAUCCCCGUAAAUAAACGUGCCCUGAUAAAUAUAAUACACAUAGAUGCACGUAUAUAAUCACUGUUAUACAUCACAGGUAAUACUCAGGGUGCUGCCGACAAAUCGUGUGUUUGGAUCUUUUUUUGGCAGUCUGCAUAAUAUGUAUAAUAAUAUACUCUACGUUGCGAUUGCACGACGAUAAACGUGUAAUAUAUGGUUUGCGAAUUAUUCGGUUCUUGUUUCUAUGUGUAUGGAUAGUAUAUUCAAUGAGACCGAUCAUUCGUAAUGGAUUAUUAAAAUCGUAGACGUAGUAUAAUACUAGACCAGGAAUGACGGCCGUUUUACUUUUAAUACAUUGAAGCCUAAAUAAUAUGUACGAGAGAAACAAUGUACGGGUUUUUCAUGGCAGUACGAAUAUUUAAUUGUUUUUUUUUUUUUUUUUUUUUAAUAUAUCAAUGUACACUUUGGUAAAACUUCGAGUAUUGUUCAUUGUGCAUAUUGCAUAUAUUCAUGGUUUAAUAUCGUUUCUGUUAUCUAAUUAUAUUAUGCAUAUGACUAACAUGUAAUAUUAUAGAUAGGUAUAUUCCGUUGGUGAUUUUAAAGUAAUAUUUCUUUUUUACUAUAAACACUAAACGAUUUUCAGACGAAAUAAAUUGAAAUUUGGGUUUUUGUAAAUAUUUACUUGAUAUUAAUAUUUUUGUCAAAUUUUCUCGGAAAUACAAACUUUUAAACUAUACUGUGAUAUACUGAUUUUUAUGUCUGAUACAUAAUUCCUACUACUUUUGUAUAGUUUUAGCAGUGGCUUUUUUCGAUCGAAUGUGCUCAAAAUAGGAAAUUAUAGUUGUUUUUUAGGCAAUUUGAAGUUAUGAAAGUGAGAAUGAAUUACAAUCAGAAUUUCAGAAUGUUUUAGGGAAAUGGAUGCUUAUUUUAAUCUCUGAGCUUUCAUAUAGUCUCCCAAAAUCAAACCAAUAGAUGGUCAAAAUAAAAAUGUGUUGGUGUCUAGGUUGUGUAUUUUGGGGUUUCAACUCCAGACAUUUUUAUAAUAAAAUGUCAAGUCUUUUCUAGAGAUUUACAUAGCUCUUUUAUUUUUUUUCAUAAAAAAUUUACUAUUAAUGUUAUAAAAACCAAAGGAAAUUCAAUUUGUGAAAUAAAACAAAAUAUACAAUUUUAUAUGCAGAGCAAAUUUGAUGGAGCUAUUAUAUAUUUUAAUAUACAAUAUUGCAUAUAUAUAUAUAUUUGUAGUUUUAAAUUCAAUCCGUAGAUUGAUUCACAAUAAUAUCAUCUCUCUGUGUUUACAUUGUGUAUGCUCUAUCCUUGAGUUGUCUGUACGAGUUGACUCUUAUAUCUUUUUUUUAUCUGAGUUAAGUAAAUUGUUCUUGGCAUUUCUCUUCCAUGUUUCCCUUCUAGAUCAUUUAUUUAGAUAUAAUAAACUAUAAACUAUUUUAUUACGCGUUUAUUCUAUAAAUCUCCAACUUCCCAACUAUAACAGCUAGGUAACCUCCCAAAAACAAUAUUUUAUUAUUCGAUCAAAUAUCAAUCAUACGUCGCUCAUAAUAAAACGUAUAAUUUUUUCAUUUUAGAUUUCCUGCAAUUUAUGAUAAUAUACUGCUAUUAUGUACGAGUAUUUUCAAUGAAUUCUAUAUUAUAUUGUUCAUUUUGAUAUUUCACAAUAUUAUUAUUUGUACGAGUAUACCCUAAAAUAAAACGAUGGCGGUAUAUUAUGUAUAGCUAGGAAUCGAUAAAUAUUAUGACAAUAAUUUAAUUCAUUAUUCAUUUUCCUAUCGGCCCAAAGCCUUAUGCAUUUCAGUUAUUAUUCAAUAUCUUAUUGGGUUUAAGCUCGGGGAUUAUAUUCUGCUCCCCUAUAAUAGCUUUGAUGAACCCCUCUGCAGGGCAGAAACGUUCCUUUCAAAAUUGCUUUGACAGCAAAAUUGUAAACAACCAUCGGUAAAUAGACUUAAAGAUAUCUCAAAAUACUAUUCCUUACCCUCGCACGCAAACAAAUCUUGUCAUUCAAUGGUUUCUGUGUGUGCGUGUGUGUGUAUUUGUAAACAUAUUGUCUUGGCAAUAUUAUUGGUAAAACUCUACCCAAAUCUACCAAUAAAUCCUAUUUUUUUUUCUUUUACAAUAUAAUGUUAUAUACUGUGGCAUUCAAAUUAAUUAUAUUACAAAAAAAUACUUCGAAAAUUAAUUUAAAAAUUAAAAACUUCUUGAAUAAUAGGUAUAGGAAAUGAAUUAUUCGAGAUAUACGCCUAUUACCUACAGUAGUUACUUAGACUACUUAAACAUAAUUUAUUCAAUUUACACUAAAAUAUCAAAUCAUUAUUAAUUUUCAUUGAUAAAUGGAUAAAAGACAAUUAAAACUGUAAUUUUCAUGUGUUUUGAAUAUUUAAAAAAUAAGAAAUUAAUCUAACUCAGACUAAACACAAUAUAAGUAAUUUUACGCUAGUAUAAUAUAAUUUUGUUAUUUACCUAAAUAUAUUAUAUCUAGCUUACGUAGGUAUUUUACUAUACCGUCUCAAAAAGAAUUGUGAAAUUUUAAAUUUUUAAAAUAAUAAAAACAUUAUUUUCUUACAUUUUCCCGUUUUUUUUACGUUUUUUUUCGAUUUUGCUCAAUUAUUGAAAAAAACUACAGAGAAAUCAAAGAACAACUUUCUUACUCGCCAAUUAGAUUAAAAAUACAACAAAAAAGGUUUCUUAUCGUUUUUAUAUUUCUAUAUUUCUGGUAGAAAACAUAGUUUGCACAAAUUAAGAACAAUACAAUCGGUAAUGCUGUACCGUGCCGUAAAAAUUUGCCAUUUUACUUAACAUUUUUUUUCCGGUUUUAUUAAUCAUUUGGAAAAUCUCUUGGAAAAUCAAAAACAUGACUCUUUAGUACAUCAACUAGAAAAAAUUUUCUAGGAGCAAAAAUGCUACACUUGAUAAAUUGGAGCAAAUUUUUUUUUCAAAAUUGUUAUCAAACAGACAAAAAAACAUACCAUAGUAAAAAGAAUAGAUGCCUCGCUAUGCUCCGAAUCUAAAAGAAACACACUCACACAUCAUAGUAAAAUUAAUAGAUCAUUCGACCCGCUCUGAAUCUUAAAUAAUUCUGAUAAUUCCGAAUUUGAGGUCAUUUGGUCUAAGAGAACCGCUAAAAGCACGCAGAAGGAUGAGAGAAAAGAUACAUUAUAUAUAUAUAUAUAUACAUAACAUUAGUAGUAUAUUAUAUACACUAUAUACAGACGGGGGGGGGGGGAGGUUACAGUUCGUCGGCUGUCAUCAACGCGUUAACAGUCAUUCCACAAAUAAAGUCUAUAAUCAAAUAUGAUAUAUACUCGUAAUAUCAGAGUUGUAAACCAACCAAGUAGUUUUAAUUCUUAUUGAUAAAUAUCUCAUACCCAGUGCUCACCCCCAGCUACCAAAAACUUAUUCACAGGGACCAGGAAACCCUCCCUGAGUAGUGUUAAUUUGUAUAUUCUAUGACGCAGCAUAAUGCCGCAUGAAACCAACAAAUUCGGCCUUUCUGUUUGGCCUGUUUUCUAGCAGUAAAACGCCCCAUGAAACCUAAAUAUUGCGGUUAUAAAAGCAACCAAAUUGAAGCGGUCAAAUUUUCGGUUUUAUGCAGUGUUUUGCUGCGUCAUAGAAUAUACAAAUUAACACUACUUCCUUGAAUAACUUAUAUCGCAACGUCGCUCCCCCGGCCAUUAUAGACUGUAAAAUAAUCUAUAUUUUUGAGCUAAAUUUGAUAUAAAUUAGGAUUAUUUUGAUGGGCAUUUAUCGUUUAUUGAACAUACAAAUACAAUAUUAUAUAAGAAAGCGCCCGUUUAGUUAUAAAUAAUAUAACAUCGUUCGUUCAUUAUUAUAGUACCUGCUUCUGUGUGUGUAUUAGUGUUGAUCGUGUAAGCAUGUGAUGAGAAAACGGUAAUGUUAGAACAAGUCUGAAUACUCGGGAUCCGACGACCGUGUAAUAAUAAUAAUAAUAAUAAUAAUAAUAAUAAUAAUAAAGGGUUUUACGGAUAGCGGAUCAUAAGCCUUUUCUGUCACGUAGCCCUUUCCUGCUCUUAAUUUUCGGCUGUUACCUAUACGAAAACCGUGACGGAAUUUCCUUAGCAGUUCUCGCUGCCGUUAAAGCUCGCAUACCUUGCACAAACGGUCCCUCAUCGUCCCCUAAACAUUGCGCCGACAUUAUCAUCCUGAAUUCUAACAUGAUCGACAUUUAUAUAUGCGAUAAUAUCGCGAAUAACUCCGACAUGGCCGCUAUAAAUCAACAUCAACAAUAUGUUUAUGACGUGUAUACGUGACAUUAUAAUAAUACUACUCCGGCAUGCAGUAUAAUUCAAUAGGCAGGUCUAGCUAGGUAGAUAUAAAUUAUAAUAUAGUGAUGAAAUAAUAACGACGAAAUUAUUGUAUAAUUAUAUAGUUUUACAAUCCUGCAAAUCCGCUUUUGUGGCUUGUAUUCUAAUUUAAGUUUUCUAUUCUAAUAUUAUUAAAUAUAACUGCUUACAAUAAGUGAAUUGUAAAUGUAAAUAACUAUAGUGUCAUCUGCUUGAAUAAAAUAUAUUAGUAUCUAAUGACCAUUAUAAAUACAUAAAUUGAUGUGCCAGUGAUUUAUUGUCUACAUAACAGAUCGAUAAAUUAACAAAUAAUAAUCAUUAAAGAAAAUUAAAAAAUUCACCAUAGACUACACUUGCUACACUUGUUUUUGAGGACCGUUUGCAUCAAUCAUCUUCAAACUUCGUCGAGCUCCGGUGACGUGGACGCGAUUUUCAAAAACAAAAUUAAAAAAAAUCGAUUUUGUUUAGACUUAUAUUGAGUGUCCACUAAUAAAAUAUGAAAAAACAAUAAGUAUAGUAAGUUAAGCAUUAAAUAAUAAUUACAUAUUUGAUUUUUCCCCUCUCAAUUUUCUGUGGCGUUGAAUCGCAAACAAACACAUAUGGGGUGAGCAGUUUGAUACGAGAAAACCCGUCUGUCACAGUCACGAUAUAAUUAAAAUAAAAUAUAAGUUUGUAAAGUUUGCAUUUAGAAGAAAAAGAAUCGAUAUAUUAUAUUAUAUUGUAUUAUAAUACAAUAUUGUUACCCAUUCGAAAAUAUGUCUAGCUGCUUUUGUUAUGUAAAAUUUGAUAAAUUAUUUUUAAUUUAAUUUCCAAAAAUACUGCUGGGCAUAAUUUAUUUACUUCAUUCAAAAUUUCUUUUAAUAAUAGCUUUCUACCAGUAUAUAGAUAUAAUAACUAGUAUUGUAUUUGUUAAAAUGAAAAUGUCACAAAUCAGCUAGAUUAAGUUUUCCAUCUACCUAUAGGUACCUACUGUAUCUGAGCGAACGAUAAAUUAUUGCAAACGAUUCUGAUCGGAGUUCAAUUAAACAUUUUUUGAUAGAACUAAAAAAUAAAUUAUAUUUAUUUUUAAAGAUAAAUUUGAUGAUAAAUUUGAAGUAAACACUCAUAUAUAAAAAUAGAAUGGCCAUUUGUUUUUAUAACAAAAUAGAUAUAGCUUAUAACGGAACUUAUAUCAAAUAUUCGAUCUUUUUUGAAAAGUCAAACAGUUGUAACUACAUAAAAUUUAAAUUACACGAACAUUUUAAAUUGUUAUAAAUAAUUAAAACAUCGCCAGAAUACUAUAUAGAAAUUGUAUAUUACGUCUUAAGUUAAAUAGAAAUUCGAAAAACAAAUUCUAGGUCACCAGAAAUAAUUUUCACAAAAUUAUAACAAAAAAAACAAACAAAAUCGACAUUAACAGAAACCAUUGUUCCUUAAAUAUUUUCGUGUUUCGACUGUUUUUACGGUUUUACUUCAUUAUUAAGAAAAUAAAAAAAAAGGACUAAUUCACCAACUGUAUACAAUUUUCUACCUUUGAUGUUGAUAACUGAAAUUAGACUUCUGGUUUAAAAGUUGUAAAAACUAAAUUAUUAUUAAUAUUUGUAUUUUUAUUAUUGAUUUAUUUUUGUAAAAAAAUAUCUCUCAAAGGGACGGCGAUUGCUCCUAACGUCUCCUCUCCAACAUCUGCGAGUUUUUGUGCGCGAUCGACAAAAACCUCGAUUUUAUUUUAAAAUAAUGCAACAUGCUCUGUUGUGCAUCACUGCUGGUGUGGGAUGGGUAUAAUUUAAACUCGAGUAAAGGGCGAUAAGUCGACAGAGACGGCUUUCCAUUUGCAUUCUCCGAAUGUUUUAUGCGCAACUCGGCGAGAAAGGCCUGAUAGUAAUUUCACGCCAACCAAAUCUAAUAAACAGACAAUUCAAAGGCUCCGCACUGGUGUCGCAUAUAAGCUGACCAAGAAUGUGCAUAGUCCUCUCAUAAUAUUUAUAUGAAACUCGGUCUGGGUAGUUGUUUUUUUCCUUCCUAUUUCGUUCACCCUAUCUCAUUUUUUUUUAUGUCUUAACUAGAAAUAACAUAAGCGCAUAUUAUAUUAAAUUUGAUAAGCUGAUUUUUUCGACAUCGUCUUCGGCAAUAUAUACGAACCAAAUAUUAUUCUCUACUGUAUAUACUGCAGCCGGCGUAAAUUCGAUUCGGUCUGUAUAAAGUAUACUUUACAUUUUUAUUCCGUUAAAUCCUAUAAUGGAAAUAUUAUUAAAUAAAUUAAAUUAGAUAUUAUUGUUGGUUUUUUGUAUGCGGCCCCAUUGCCCCAGUGUCUAUUUUUAGUCCACAACUAUACAGCAAUCAUUUUCCAUUUUUCAUUUCAAAAAAUCUUUGAGAAUUAAUUUUUAGUCCUCCGUUGUGCUUUAUAAAAUGUUGGUAUACUUAUUGGUAUUUCUAUCGGAUUAAGACAAUACAAGACAAUUUUAAACAAAGUGAGUUUAUUUGGUGAACAUUAUUUUGGACUUGUAUAUUAUCAUUAUAAUUAAUUAAUACGCCAUAGAAAUAACUAACAUUUUAAGUAUUAAUUUUGAACGGAUUCAACAGUCGAAAUAGGAUUGAAAUAUGUCUUGGUCAAGUUGUAAGAAUACGAGUACCUAUAUGUUGAUACCAAUAAAAAAAGUGUUUGUUUUGAAUAAUCGAUCAAUUCUGACCUAUCGUAUCGAACUUUGAAAACGAAUAGUGUUAUUGUUAGCUUCGCAAACAUGUUCAGAUCGUUAACAUAUUUCAAAAUUACAUAUGUUCAGAAAAUAUCUUCAUCAACGUAGUGUUUUAAGAAAUCUGCAGUUCAUAGUUUUCACAGGACUAGAAAGACUGCAAAUCUGCUGCUCACGGGUGUUUUGUUUUUUAUUUAUGACAAAUAAUGUAUAGUACAAAACGUAAUGUUAGGCAUAUUUUUCAUUUGUUAAGGUGAUUAAAACGAAGUUUAAGUUAAAAAUAUGAUAUAACAAUAUCACAGACUUUUAUUAAUUAGUGGUCGCGCCUUGUACAUGUCUCGUAUAACUCGAAAAUCAAACAUUUCAUCAGCGAAUAGAGGUAUCCGGAAAAAAAAAUAAGAACGUUUAUACAUUUUUUCCUCAUGAAAAACAUUGAUUUACUCUCACAAAUACGUGUUCAUCGAACGUCUAUCGUAAAGCUAUUGUUUUAUUAUUGAUAGUGUUUUAUGUCGUAUUAUAUAUAUACAUAUAUUAUUAAUCACAAAAUAUGUUUUUUAUUCUUAGAUACACCUCUUUUUGCUAAUCGUCUGACUAAUAUUAAGGCCAUUAAGGCUCGAUACAUAAGUUAAUAAGUUUAUGAAUAACCAUCCUGAUUUAGUAUCUACGUAUUCACUAAAAAUAAUUAAAACUACAAAGAUAAUACGUAUUAGAAGGUAUUAUCUAGAUUAAUUACACUGGGUAAUUCGAACACCACUGGUUACCGUCUACUGCAAAAAAGAGAAUACGGCGCACGCACCUGAUAAACUCGAUAUCGGCACUAUAAAAAAUAAUCUAAGGGGAAAGAUGCGUGUUCUGAAUCGUUUUCCAAGUUUUCUUUUGUAAAAUUUUAAAACUGUUUAUAACUUUUUAAAGAUAUGACUGUCGCGGAUAUUCGUAUUUUAAUUUUUUUUUUUUUUUAUUAUUAUUUGAAAGAGUAAAGCAUUUUACAGGCCGCAUUGAUCUGUUUUUUUUUUCUGUUUUGAUAAAUCUGUAAUGUGCGUCAGAAAACAAUAAUAAUGUUAACGAAUAAAUAUUUAUUUUUUUUUUUUUAUAUUCAGACGCUUAUUGCAGUUUAAAUAGGAAAUCGAAUUUCGAAAAUCGGAAUUCAAGUCUUACAGUAUUUUUUCGGGCGGGUACCAUAAAAAUCUGACUGUUCUGCGAGGCCGCGACGGCGGCGACGACAACGGUUCGUUUGCGCGCGCGCGCGCUCUCGCAGAAACAUUAUGUAUUAUUGUUAUUAUGAUGAUUGUUGUGAGCGUUUAAAAAAAAAACGAGAAGGAGCCGAAUAAUACGCGCGCGUAAUGCGUGUGUACUAUAAAAUAUAUACGCGUAUAAUAAUAAUAAUAUUACUCGUUUGGGCGGGGCGGUGCGGCGCGCCGGGGCCGGUAGUUUUCGAGUGUGUAAAAUUCGCACUUCACGCGCGGCCAAGUCCCGGCGACGACGGCGACGGGGGAAAACAAUGACGGCGGCGUCGGGCACAGAACACACGCACACGCACACACGCACACACACACACACACACACACACACACACACAUACAUACACACGUAACCGGCACGCGCGAAAGGAAUGCUUUUGUGGGCCGCGCCAAACGCUUUUGCCGCCGGUGGCGUCAAAAUGUUUUUAUUAAAUUUUAAACACUGACUGGCGUGUAUUUUACACGAGCGCGCGCGCAGACACGCGCAAGUUUUAAUAUUUAUUAUUAUUAUUAUUAUUAUGUGUAUACGUAUGCAUGCGAGUGUGCGGGCGAGACGCUCGGCGACCGUCCAAAAAUUCGACGCGUCCUUCGUAUCACGCGGGACCGAUGUGAUAAUCGAAAUUCGGGACACUGUUCCUACAGUCGCUGUUUUUUUUUUUUUUUUUGUAAAUUUGGCUACUACUCACACUUUAGGAUUUUUUUUAUUUUUAUAGCAUGCCUAGACAAACAUCUUUUAAGGGUUGUAACCACAGUAAAAAUACAUUUUUUUUUUCGUCUAUUUGUCACAGUACAUGUCACUGACUUAUUUUGAACCGAAUAUUGAAAUUUGUUAUCCAUUUGUAAGUACUGCACGGUAUCUCUAUUAUCUAUGAUUAAUUCGUGAAUUAAUUUAUCUGUUAUCACUGUUGGUAUUCUAAUCGGCACACUAAGUGUGCGGUGUUGCCAUUGCUACAUUAAUGAAAUAAUUAUAUUGUGGCCCUCAGUGAAAUAUGAAAAAUAAACAAAUAAAAGUAAUUAUUUUAGAUAUUAAAAAUUAUUCAUCCAAGUACUAUUAUAACAUUUUUACUACGCACUUGAAGAUUUGCUACUGCACACUUGACAUUUGCUACUGCAUACAAAAAUAGAGACUGAUGUCACAUUUUGUGAUUGUCGGGAAAUGUGCUUUGAAAUUUUAUUACCCAUAAGGCUCUGUAUGCUUUGUAUUAAAUGUAAAUGUUUGUGUAAGUUUCAAUCUGUACAAAAAUUUAAAAAAAAUUUGAUUUAAAAAAUAAAAAAUUUUACUCUCUCUAUUUUUUUUAUGUCUAACUGAUGUUUUAAAAAAUCGAGUUCGGUAGAAGUACUCGGAAACCUGCAAGCAUUUGAAGAGCAGUAGGUUUGGUAUUACUUUAACUUGCUUCUAUGACUUUUUAGAGCACAGUAAUUGUUUCUAUAGAUUCUUUAUAAACGUUUUCGGUUUGGUUUCAUCGAUACUUUUAUAAAAUAAGUUAUUCGAAUUUGACGGUUUUGUAAUGUAUCCAAAAGAAGAGCGACUAGACAGUUUUGGAGAUUUUAGAGAAUUUGUCUGCAAUUUUUUUUUUUAGUUUCAAAACAAAAUUUCAUGGUUUAUGUCAAAACAAAUCGAAUGAAAAACUGUAGAUGCGACCCAAGUGGUAGUAAGUUUCUUAAUUUUUUUUAGAAAAAUAUCGUUGAAUCAAAAUGAAGAAGUUUAUUGGGAUUUUACAAGAAUAUAUGUGCUCAGAAGAAGUCAUUGAAGCCUUUUGCUAUUCAACACUCGGUUGGAUAAUAUCAUCAGUUUCAAUAUUUUUUGAUUAGUAGCCCUCGUAUAUUAUAUAUUAAAUAUAUUAAUAUAUUAUCCCGUAUCCCGGACUAUUUCAAGUGUUUGUUCGAUUUUCAAGAUAUCCCGCGCGGCAUUGUCAACAUAAACAAAAACGUUCUCUCCGGGUUUCUCGUUGUACCUAAUACAUUUUUAGAUUCCGAGCUUAUUUUAGCUUAUCAUAUUCUAUCUGUAAACAACUUUUCUAUCAGAAAUCGUGCUUCGAUUUUCAAGUGCGACAUUUUUCCUGUAUAGCACGAGCGUAACAAGUGUAGGUGUUCACGUAUAGCAAAAUUUUUUCUGUUUGGUGUGUUUGUUUAUUGUGAAGUCUUUCAUUUUCCUAAAAUGAAGUAGUUCUCAUAAUAAUUAGAAAAAACCGGGGAGAAUGAAAAAAUGUACGGCUUUCACGAUUUCUCUAUUUUCGAUUUUGUUUUUUCGAUGUAAAUCAAUUAAAAAUAAUCGUAAAAAUCUGCAUACGUAUGUAAUAAAUAAAACCAAUUUCAAAAUCUACAUCGAACACGCUUAACAAUCUCCACCGUGUGCUUAGAGCGGACACGAGUAACGCUGAAGUAAUUGUAAAAAUAGUGAACAAUAUCCAACAACAAAAUCGCAUUAGUCAGGAAGAAUUUUGUCAUAGCAGUUCACACACUUGUAGAAUUGUAACAUAAAUAAAGAAUAUUCAAAACGAAAACUGCCGAUCAAAGCAAUUAACGUUUAACAAUAUAACAAACAAGUAACAAGCCCAUAGCCACCAGGAGGGGAUUGCCCACAUGGACAUAAUCGUUGACCCCCUAACAAGUAUUAAAUUUCUGUAGUAUGUUAUGGUUAAACUAGAAUUGCCCCGCCGGAGAGCAGUGGAGUAUCAUUUGUGUGGCAGUACGGCGCGCGGCGUGUGAAUAAUGCACCACUAAUCUUCUCCAACCUAAACUUAAAAGUGGAAUAUCUCGUCAACGGUUUUAUACAAAUCAAACAUUUCAACAUUUAUAUUUAUUUGAACUUAUAUUCCAUAUAUUUAUAGAGUUUUUAAUAUAGGUCGCCAUUUGAAAACCAAAAGUAGGUAGUUGUUUUACCCUCGAAAAUAAGGGUGACAAGAAAUAACAUGAAUGCAAAAUUGUAAAGACGCUUGUUUCUUAAAUGUUGUAGAAAACAAAUUCCGAAAAAAGUUAAUACUUUCUGAGAUAAUGAGUGUACCAACUUAAAUGGAUCAUUCAGUUAUACAGCUGACCACGAAACAUUUUACCGGCGAGAUGAUGCAAAUACGCUUUUUCACGCCUCCGCCUCGCGAUGAUUGUCGCACGGGACAACGCCCGGCACAAGUAUUUAUUUAUACGUCGUACACUCAACGUGGUGGCGAAGAAAAUUGUUACACACCCGACGGGGCCGGAAAUGCGUUUUUCUCGAAUUUCAUAACACAGUGACGAAAAAUCGUCUUAAAAUAUGCGACAUGUGAAAUCACAUCUUUGUUUUACUUUUAUUGCAGUAGUAUAGUGUAUAUUAAUUUUAUACGGGAGUUAAAAUGAGGGGACCCGAGCGGUUUCAGCCCCUCGCUAUACGUCUAUUCAUGUCAAUGAUGAACCUCGUAUUAAAUCUUCAAGGAUUGGCCGAUACAUAAAACAAAAAAGGUCAAAAAUUGUUAAAAUGUUCGUUGAUAAUAUGCACCAAUUAAAUCCAAAAGUGCUGCAAAAAAAAGCUCUUGUAAUUUUUCGAUUGGUGCAAGGUUUCCGGUAGAAAAGUGGUUAACAGAUAUUAAAACCCUUUACAAUAUCUUUCUCGCUGUGCUCAGAAUCUAAAAUUAUUGAAAUCGUUAGGGCGUACCCUGACGACCAAAAUCGGUCGAAAUAAUGUCGGGUAUUUUACGAAAUUCGAGACGAUUUAGACUGCCGGGGGCCUCAUAUGUAGACGGGCGUCCAAAUCCGCGCGCACAGCAUACCGAAAGUGUUUGCAGGGCACAAUCGCCCGCAGCGUUAUAGCCGUCGACGUAGAAAAUCGAUCGGAUACGCGUAUAAAAAAAAAAAAAAAAAAAAAAAAAAAAAAGCGCGACGCCGUAGUGUAUAGUGUAAUAGCGUUGCGCCGGAGUAACGUCUGGCGCGCGGAUCGCGGUGUCGAUAAUGCGUCAAAGCGGUCGGACUUGUAAGUACAGCGCGGCGAGGCGUUACUAUUACAAUAAUAUAAUAUAUAACGCGUGUAUAAUAUCACCUCCCCUCGUGCACCCUCCCCGUACAAAUCGGUGCCGGUCGCCUUUGAUGUUUUAAUUAAACUGUGAUUAACAGCCAAAAAGCGCCGCGCGGAGGGUCUUGUUUAUACACAUAUAUAUAUCUACACAAACAACGAGUCCCCGGACGCGUUUCGGGCGCCGAAUAAUAUAGAGAAUUUAAUUUCGAACACUAUUCGCGGGUCCGCGAAUUAAAUGAAAAAAAAAAAAAAACAAAAAACUACCCGCCGCGGUGCUGUGCAAAUACCGACGAAAACAAACCGGUGUAUAACUACACAGCUCUGCAAAAUAAUAUAACGCCAUAGACGCGGACACUGUAUCGACGACGACGACGACGACGAUACGGUCGCGACGGGGGAAAAAAAGGGAGUGAAAACGAGAGAGACAACAACGGUUAAUCCUUUUUUUUUUUCACGCUACCAAGAAACCUUCUUUUUUUUUAUUUUUACCCUAUCCGUGAUGCGAAUGCGCACUCGCGUAUAUAAUACACGGAUCGCAAAUUAAAUUUCUAUUGAUCUCAUUUUAUUUGUUUUGCGUUCGGCGAUAUACACACAUAUUCGUAUCGGGGGGUUAGCUUUUGUCACGAGUAUAACAAUAAUUAUUAUCAUACGAUAAUAACAACACGUGCAAUUUGUUUUACUCACAGGGCGUCAUCAGAUUUUCGGACGGUUCAACGGCCGCGGUACAGAGCGUUUACGACAUGUAUGAAUUUCAAGAAAUCACCGAAAACCUGUGCGAAGUACCGCCGGGAAGCAGAAUCAUACUGAUCGGUCAGUAUUAUACAUUAUUAUGUGCAUAUUAUUGUGGUUUAUACCUAAUAUAUUUUAAUGCCCGUUUGAAAUGAACUUAACAUUUUGAAAUCUUUAACUCAUCAAAAUUACUUCUCAUCGAUCAAUAUUUUUUUAAAUAAUUAUGUUGCAUGAAAUAUUUACAGCAGAAACCGUUUAUAAUGAGUAAUGAUAUGCAAGCGUCCUGUAAAAAACUCUACCUACAUAGUUAGUUACAUAGAUAGUCGUUUUAACGAAAAUAUUAUAUAAAUUUAAAAAUUUGAUUACAUAGUUUUAUACAUAAACGUAUUUUUAUUUUUCAUGGACAAUUUGCUAGGUUAAUUUUGGAUUUUUUGAGGUCUCCUAAACUUCGGAAAUAAACAAACACGUUGGUGAUAUUUUUGUGGCUGCACCGGCACAUUAUGUACAUUUCAACUCUCCAAAAAAAAAAAAAAAUUAAAACAUUUUAAAUUUAACGCUAAUAUUUAGCACGAAUUUGCAUGCCUAUCGCCACAAUUUGCAUGCUUUUUAUUUGCACGUUAUAUCAAAAAAACUACGUGAACGGCUAUAUUUCAAAUUUUUUUUUUUUUUGCGCCAAUAUUCAGCAAGUAAUUAGCGUGAAUUUGCCCACCUCUACUUAAAGUUUCCUCAUCAUCACCAACGCUUUUACACACCUCAUGUAGAAACGUUUUUACAGACCCCCGAGGCUUUAAGUUCAACUUUUCGGACUUUUUCCAACGCCAAUAUUUAGCAUAAAAUUAUCAUGAAUUUGCAUGACUGAUCCAGACAUUUGUACCACACUUUCUCGCCAGUAUAAGUAUUAUUUUGGAUUUCAUCAGUCCCCCCCCCUCUCAUUCAAAAAUUUCAAAUUUUUUUUUACAUAAAUAUUUAGCUUGAAAUUAGCAUGAAUUUGCAAGAAUUUUAAGGUCAACAUUUUAUUGUUAAAACAUACUUAUUAAUUUGUAUACAAUAACAUUUUAAAACCCACGGAAGUUGUACUUUUUAUAUAGAUUGGCUUAUUUUAAAGGUUAUAAUACAAUUCUUAAUUUGCUGCCCCUCUUUUGACGAAUUUUUGAUAAUGUCCAGUUAAAUUUCAAAGUGAACUUCUUCCUCUGCGAAAACUUAUGACUCCUUGUAGCUAGUCAAGGAUCUUAUUAUAUCUUAAUAAUGGAAGAAGAAAUAUUAAAUGUCAAGUACAUGAGUUGUGUAGGAGGUUUGACGAUGAUGUGGAAACUUAAUAGCAGGAGUGGUCAAAUUUAUGCUAAUUACAUGCUAAAUAUCGGUGCAAAAAAAAUUUGAAGUUUUUGAAUGGAGAAGGGGGGUUGGUAAAAUGUACGUCGGCACAUCUCAAUCAAAAAGUUACAGCAGAUUCAGUACUGGUGAUAACGCUUUUCUUUACUGUUUUUCCAGGACAGAAAAUAUAGACAUUUAUGGAAUCGAACAUUGUGCCGGUGCAGCUACAAAGAUAGCACCGAUAUAUUUAUUUGUGGAUUUUUGAAGUUUAGGGGUCCUAGAAAAAUCUAGGAAGUUUCUAGCAAAGGUUUGAUAGACAGACAUACAAAUUACAUUCGUUUUUUCUUCAUUUGGGAACUGUUUUCAUUAGCUCAUUUUGUUUCAAUUCGAUAUGCUAUUUACACAAAAAAACACAUUUAAUUACAAGUAGAUUAUCAAAUAUACAAACGGCAAAGUUAUGAAACAAUGAUAAAAUUUUUAUAUUUUUUCAAUUUUCAACAAGUAUAAUCAAGUAUAAUAGAGUUAUUAAAGGCAAAAUAUUUUUCAAUGUUAACCAGACAUAUCAAUCAUGAAGACUUUUUUCAUAUAGUCAUUAAAAAGAGGAUUAAUUAACUGAUACAAAAUAGUACAUAUGAAUAAAAGUUUUCCCGGGACCUUUAAGUUCAUAAAACCCGAUUUGUCACUAUAAUCAGUGUCAUAACAAACGGUUUCUACUGUGUGAUUAUUAAUCCCAAUGAUACGAAAAUAAAUACUAUUUAUAUUUUAAUUUCCUACUAACACAGAAAAUAACUAUAAUUUCCUGUAUCCACUUUAUAAUGUAACAUGUAUGCAUCAUAUAUUAUAAUGUAGUUUAUUAAUAUAUAUGGGAAGUUCCAAUAUUUUAUUGUAAUUUUUAAGAUGUCUGAAUAUUAAAUAUUCAGUGUCUUACAGUAAUAUUAAUACCAUUAUCUGGUAAUAUAGAAAAUCUAAAUCAUAAAUGUGUAGGUAACUGUUUGUUAAUUCUUUUACAGGAACAUUUCUGGAUAAAACUGAAUUGAGCCACCUACUUGAUAAAUGUAUAGACCUCAGAUAUGACUAGUAUUAUUUUGGUUGAAAUAUGAUGUGUAAAUA